AUGGCACGAGAUUCAUCAGCGAGUAAUGCCGAUGGAGUUCAAGUAUCAUUAUUCGAUUCUUCAGUGGAGAAUUAUUUUAAAGCCAUCGACAAAAUCUCGGAGCUCUGUGAUGAGCCAGAGACAGAUUGCCUUGAUGAAUCCGACAUCCAACGGUUUUCUUCUUCAAUUACUUUCUUGAGAGAAUGGAGAUAUUUUAAUUAUGAGUCAAGAACCGUUAGGUUUGCUAAUGAAACGGGAAAUGAAGGUUCAUGUGCUGAUGCGACUUCACUAGAAUCUUGUGGGUUUAAUUGCAGCAAAGACUUUGUGAUGUACACCGGAGGAUCUGUUUGGGCACUGGAUUGGUGUCCUAGAGUUCAAGAAAGGCCUGAAUGCCAUACAAAAUGUGAGUUUAUUGCCGUUGCUGCUCAUCCUCCGGGAUCGUAUUAUCAUCAAUUGGGUUCUCCACUUACUGGAAGAGGCAUUAUUCAGAUAUGGUGUGUACUCAACGUUAGUCUAAAUGAAGAAGAGGCAUCUCCACCAAUAAAAAACCCUAAAAAACGACAUAAAGCUGAUGAUGCCAUUGAAGAUGAAUUAAAGAAACCAAGAGGAAGACCUAGAAAGAAUCCGAUAAAUGAGUAUCUUGACAGGGAAGCUUUAACGGAUAAGUCAAUCCAAUUAAAGAGGCCAAGAGGAAGGCCUAGAAAGAAACUGAGAGAUGAACCAUCUGACAAUUUGGAUGUUAAUGGUCAGUGUGUUCAGCCACCUACUGUUCAAUAUUUAAAUGAUUCAUCUGAGCUGCAAUUUAUACAAGAAUCUCAUGGAAAUACCCAAGAGCAUAAUGUACAGAAAAUUAUUGGUAAGAAAGAAAAACAUUCCACAGAGAGAGAAUCUUCAAUGCAUUCAUCCCUUGAAAAUCCAGCGAAGAGCAAAAGAUUGAAAAGCAAGGGAAAUGGUGGGAAAAAUAACGCUGACAUAUGUCAAUCAUCAUGUGCCAAAAAUAGCUCUGGACAGGAUUCUUUACAAUGUAACAAUGUUUCAGGCAAUGAUUCCUUGGACAUAAGCUUGGCCUCAUGUUCUACCCCAAAGAACAUUGUUCUUCCACGAGUCAUUUUAUGCCUUGCUCACAAUGGAAAAGUAGCAUGGGAUGUAAAAUGGCAGCCCAAUAAUGUGAAAGGUUCCAAAUGCCUGCAACGGAUGGGAUAUCUUGCUGUCCUUCUGGGAAAUGGAUCCUUGGAAGUGUGGGAGGUUCCUCUUCCUUGUACAAUGAAAGCUAUUUACCUGUCUUCAGUUAAUGAGGGCACUGACCCUCGCUUUGUAAAAUUGAAGCCAGUAUUCAGAUGCUCAAUGUUGAAAUGUGGUGGCAUACAGAGCAUCCCUUUGACUGUGGAAUGGUCAACCUCACAUCCACAUGAUUUCUUGCUAGCUGGAUGCCAUGAUGGAUCGGUUGCUUUAUGGAAAUUCUUUGCAAGAAGUUCAGCAGAAGAUACGAGACCUCUGCUUUGUUUCAGUGCAGAUACAGUUCCUAUCAGAACGGUUGGAUGGGCCCCAACAGAAAGUGAUCAGGAGAGUGCAAAUGUGAUAGUCACUGCUGGACAUGGAGGUCUAAAGUUUUGGGAUAUACGUGACCCAUUCCGCCCUUUGUGGGACCUCCAUUCAGUGCCAAGGUUUAUAUAUAGUCUGGAUUGGUCUAGAGAUCCAAGCUGUGUUAUUUUAUCCUUCGAUGAUGGAGGAUUGAGAAUUCUCAGCUUGGUAAAGACUGCAUAUGAUGUCCCUGCUACUGGAAAACCUUUUGUUGGGACAAAACAUGGUUUGCACCUUUCAAAUUGUUUACCCUUUGCUGUGUGGAGUGUGCAUGUGUCGCGACAAACAGGUAUGGUUGCAUAUUGCAGUGCAGAUGGCACGGUUAACCGAUUCCAACUCACAGCAAGAGCAGCUGAGAAAGAUUCAGCACAUAACCGUGCCCCACAUUUUAUGUGUGGGUAUCUGACAGAGGAUGAAUCAGCUAUAACAGUGAACACUCCAAUACUAGACAUACCAGUAACAACAUUAAAGAAGCCAACUAAUGAUUGUGGGGAAAGAACCAUGCGGAGUCUUGCAACUGAUUCAAAUGCAGUCAAACGAGCCAAUGAUAAGAAGGGAACAGGUUCAAAUUCAGAUAAUCAAACUUUACCAAUUUGUCAUGACAAUGAUGGAGCUGGGGAGUCUGAUGAUGAUAUAACACUGGAAGCUCUUAAGAGCAAGAAAGAAUCUAAAUCUGUAAGUAAUAGUAGAAAAAAAGCCAAAGAUGAUCAAACAAUGGUAUGCUUAGAUAAACAGGCAAGAAACACGCAAGGGAAUGAAAUGGAAAAAUUAGAAACUGGGGAUGAUGUUGAAGUUUUGCCUUCGAAAAUGGUAGCGGUGCAUCGAGUGAGAUGGAACAUGAACAAAGGUAGUGAGAGAUGGCUGUGCUAUGGAGGAGCUGCCGGAAUUAUUCGAUGUCAAGAGAUUAUAGGUCCCCUGCCUAAGAAAGAACGUAAGCGAACUUGAUAUGGUCAUGAGCGUUAAUAUCGUAAUGUUUUGUCUAUUAUUUAUUUAUUUGUUAAAUUGAUUAUAUAUUCGCAAAUCAGAAAUAUAUUUUGGAAGUGCAGUUGGAAUUCUCAUCUAAGUUCUGAUGUGUCAAUUGAAACUUCGGUGUCACUCUA